AUGACAGAAUAUUGGGUAAGUUCAAAAAAACAUUAUUGUGAGACGUGUAAUUGCUGGCUGUCAGGACAUAAAGUAAAUAUAAAAAAUCAUGAAAAAAGUGCAAGACAUAUUGAAAACUUCAGAAGGGUGCUUAAUGAAUCAUAUAAAAGAAAAGAAGAAGAAACAAAAGAAAAAAAAUUUAUUGAGCAAGAGUUAAAAAAGUUAGAAAAUAUUGAAAAACAAUUUCGUUCAAAUUUAAAUAAUAAUGGGGGGAAUUCGAUUAAUCCGAGUAGUAAUAUAGGCGCGCCAAAGUCUAAUUUAAGUAAAGUAUAUAAUAAUAGUAAAGCUAUUAAUAAUAAUAAUAAAAUACAUAAUAGAAGUUUCAAUAGGAAUUAUACAAGUAGCAAUAGUAAUAAUUUAAAUGCGGCUGGGGGGUAUAGCAGUAAUUAUAAUGCUAGUAACACAAAUACAUGGAUAUUAAUGGUACAUGAGUGUACAGGAUGUUUGAUAUUUUUUAAUAUAUUAACAAAUGAAGUGAGUUAUGAAAAGCCACAAAAUUUUGUUUAUGGAAAUAUACAAGCAACUGAAAAGUUUACUGCUGAAAAUGGAUGGUUUAAAUAUUUUGAUUAUAAUUCAUAUAAUAAUUAUUAUUAUAACAUAUAUAAACAAUUAAGUAUAUGGGAAUAUUCAGAGAAAACGAUAAGUAAUUUAGCUAAUUUUAUAAAAAUUUGCAACCAAAAUGCAGGAGUAAAUACAAAUAUAGUUAAUCACACAGAAUGUUUUGAAAAUACCUCUGCUAUUACUACUAGUAAUGGAAAUGAUUUUAGUGGAUUAAAUAAUAAUGAUCCACAAGUUAAUAAUUAUGAACCAAAUAACGAAAAUGUAUCAAACAUUUUAGGAGAAGAUUUGGUUGAUAAGGAGAAGGGUGAGAAAAAAGUAUCGAUUGCGGUAAAACCAAUUAUUGAAAACAAAAAAAAAAAAGAAUGGAAUGAUAAUAAUUUAUCAAAUGAUAUUAAUAAUAAAACAAGUAAUAUAGAAAUAAACCAAAUGUUUCAGUAUGACUUUCACGAUGAAAGGGUUAGCAAACAUGGUGAAAAUUGUAUGAAAAAUGAUGAAAAAAAGAAAAAUUUAAAUGGAAAAAAUGAGAUGGAAACAGAAAAUAAUAAUGAAAUAGAUAUUGACAAAAAUGUAAAAGCUACAAAUGAAGAUAUACCAAACACAUUGGAACAAAAUGAUGAAAGUUCAAAACCAGGUAUGUGGGAAGUUGUUGAAAACGAUGAAAUCAAAACAAUUCCAGAAGAAAAUAUUGAAAAGAUUUUUUAUAAAAUUAAAACAAAAGAAGAAUUAGAAAAUGAACAAAUCAAAGAAAUUGAAGACAAUAUAGAAAAAGAAUAUUCUAACUUUAACGAGUUUUAUGUUAAAAAAAAACAAUUAGAAAACAAAGAAUUAUAUUUAAACCAAGAAUUUAAAUUUGUAAACAAACCUAUAUAUAAAAAAGCUAUUGAUAAAAAUGACAACAAGAAGGUCAAUUUUGCCAAAAGGAAUAUUAAACCAAAACAAGCCAAAAAAAAAAUUACAUAA